UCGGUGAUGAACCAUCUAGUUAGUUAUAAGAUGGUGGUCUGCGUUGAUAACCGUCCGGUGGCUGCCAAAAAUUCUAGAGACAUUGAGAGAAAAGCAUUUAUCUGUUCUCUUUCAGCUGACAACAGAUCAUUUGUCUCAUGGCCUCAUUUUCUGUUUCCAUGUGCAGCAAAGCUGGACGGAGUUAAGACGUACAUGAGGAUGCGACGAGUCCCGAACCAUCUUCAGGUGAAAGUUAUCAAGUGGUUCGACUAUUUGUGGCUGACGCAGAAAUGUUCGGACGAAGAGAAGGCUGUCAGCUGUCUUCCAGACAAGCUGAAGGCGGAGAUAGCGAUCAAUGUCCAUCUGGACACUUUGAAGAGGGUGGAAAUCUUCCAGAACACAGAAGCGGGCUUCUUGUGCGAGCUGGUGCUGAGGUUACGUCCCGUCCUCUUCUCGCCUGGAGACUACAUUUGUAGGAAAGGCGAAGUGGGCAAGGAGAUGUACAUCGUCAACAGGGGGCGCCUGCAGGUAGUCGCCGAUAACGGGCGAACGGUUCUGGCCACGCUGAAGGCAGGCUCCUACUUCGGCGAGAUAUCCAUCCUGAACAUGGGUACCGCAGGAAACCGUCGAACGGCCUCAGUCCGGUCGGUGGGCUACAGCGAUCUGUUCGUCCUGUCGAAGAAAGACAUGUGGGACGUGCUCAAGGAGUACCCAGCUGCCAGGGUGAGGCUCGAGGCCAUCGCCGUCAAGCGCCUCGAGAAGUACAAGAGGGCGCCGCUAGAGAGAGAUACUUGGGGUGGUGAGAUGGAGGAGAUGUCAUCAUUGUGGCGCGGAGGUGGCGCUCUGCGGCGGCAGUCAGGCAGACAAGUGCUGCCACCGGGCGCUGCAAUGUGUCGCAGUCAAUCUACACCAGGUCUGGUGGAAUCUCGAGGACGAAUACCAUUGGAAGAUAUGUGGGUGUCUCCCCUGGAGCCACUCAUCACUGGGGGGUCAUCAUUGGGACCACCACCUUACUCUGUUAACUCGCUCUUCAGCCCCACGCUCAGUCCUACUUCCAGGUCUUUACAAGGGCGUGUGCGCACCAUGGAGUCGCCCCUAUCAGCCACAUCAAGCGGACUGUCUUCAGAUGAUGAGCGAAGAGGCAGUGGGAUCCAAGCCCCAAGCCAUCAUGUGCCUCAGGCAGCUGUUCAUGCAGGUAACUGCAACGCUGGAAUAAUCAUUAAGUUCUUCUUGGCUUUUGUCCUCGUAAAUUGUCUGUUUGUAGUAAAAGGAUUUAUCCUUGAUCCUUUCGCAGCUUCAUUUCCAUUACUUCCUACUGCAUCAUAUCUAUUUUCAUGUUAA